GAUGGCGGCUCCCGGGGACGGCGCCGACCUGGAGGCCUCGCUGCUGAGCUUCGAGAAGCUGGACCGGGCCUCCCCGGACCUGUGGCCCGAGCAGCUGCCCGGCGUCGCCGAGUUUGCCGCCUCCUUCAAGAGCCCUAUUACUAGUUCUCCUCCCAAAUGGAUGGCUGAAUUAGAAAAUGAUGAUAUUGAUAUGUUAAAGGAGCUGGGGAGCCUCACUACUGCUAACCUCAUGGAGAAGGUUCGAGGCCUGCAGAACCUGGCUUAUCAGUUGGGCCUGGAUGAAUCUAGAGAAAUGACUCGAGGGAAAUUCCUCAACAUCCUAGAAAAACCCAAGAAGUAGCUGCUGCUCUGGAAUUUGGACAAAAAUAUCCCAGCAGGGAUAUUCUAUGUACUGUGGAUCCRGAUGAACCCCGGAACUUCUAAGGAGGAGAACAAAUCUCUCGCUUUACAUCUUCAGAAGCAAACGUGUCUGUUGCUCCCACAGCACGUCUCAUACCUGGGGAGAAACAUUCCGAAUGCAGGCUCCAAGGAUUGCUACAAAUUCCGUUGGAAUUUAGCCUUUAUCUUGACUGUAAGAUAUCGAACAGGACAAUUCCACCCUGCUGUGGCAAAGUUACCUGCCCUUUUUUAAAUCUUUUUUUAUCCAUUAUUCAAAGUGAACAGCCCCAGGGUCCUCUCUGAAUUGCCCUCAGAGGCUUCUCCUAUUUGUAACAUCUAACAGAUCUUUUAUGAUGGGGGCCAGUGUGUGCCAUGAUACACUGACCUUUGGUGCAUCUCUUGUCCUAGAUACAUUGAUUUCCUGUAUGUAAUUUCUGUGUUGAAAGAUUUGAGCAGAGUUUGGGAUAUAUGAUAGAUAGUUUAAGUCUUGAUUCUCCAGGAGCCCAUGCUUUUUGUGCAGAAAUCAAGUGCCAUCUGUGUAUUAGAGUCCAGUCACUGCCUUGAGAGAUGCAGAUCUCGGAGGAUCUGCAGAGGAGAAUCUUCAGUCUGGUGUAUUCAUUUCACAGCGGUUGCAUCCAGUGCUGUGUGUAGCAGGCACUUCUCACCACCGAAUGGUUCUCUUGUAAAAUCUAGGCUGACAGACCACACGGAGCUGGGAAGAGGUGUGAAUAUAUUGUGAUGGGAAAUAUCUCUCUAGACUAUUUGGCCAGUGCAUUAAAAAAAAACUUUUCAGUCUCCUGCAAAUCUCAAUUUACUACUUAAGAACCUAGGAAGAGAAGAAAGUUAGAAAUAAAUGAAAGGUGAAAGAUUGAAAGGUAAUAAUGCUUUUGUUCAGAGAGCACCAAAAAAUGUCAACAAGCUUGUUAGCUGCACCGCAAGGAAAUCUGGUUAAACACAAGCUACACUUCUGAAAAUAGCAUUCCUUAGUGUUUCCCAUUUAGGAAUUAGGAAACAACAUUACAGUUAGGAAACAGCAACCUUAAAAUUUGCUUCACCUACAAAGACAGAAGUUUCUAGUAGCUGGUGUCUUCUGGCACCAARUUUUGGGUGUUAUUCAUCUUAGCCUCCGUCCACUCUGUCCUCCUUGGUGAUGCACUUCUGUAUGUUGAGCCCUGAGAGGAGAUAGAGAGAAUGCCAAGAUACUUUAUUUAAGAUAAGUUUGGGUUUUUUCUCCAUUUAAUYUUGUUUUCUUAGGAAAUGGCAUUUUAAGCAUUAGUAAAUAGGUUCUUUUUAGCAUAAAAACAUAAUAUUGAAGCACAGGGUAGAUAACAUUUUGCCUUGUUUCUUUGUUUGUUUUCCCUCCAUUCAUUCAGAAAUAUCAUUUUUACCAUGCAGACUUUUCAAAAUUUGUCAUUUUCCAGAUUACGAUCACAUGCGAGAGAGGAAGUGACUUGGAAUGGUACAUCAUUAACACUUGGUCCUUAGAGCAUUGCUUAUUUUUGUACUUGCGGAGAGAGGAGACUAUUUYCAGGCAUGUGGGCAAAAACGAGGGAAAGAUUUUUAAUCAAAAACUUAUGGAUUUUUACUAAAAUGCUUGUGGCCUUUCAAUCAGCAGCCUGUGGUUGCUUGUUAUCACUCCGAACUAGGCUCAUUUUGGACAGCUCCUGUUAACUAAGGUUAAGCAAUUAAAUCCCAAAUUCUAGAAAACAAAUAUACAAAUAGCAAAUAUUUAGGCAUGUCAGGAGUCUGAUUUUUAAACUUAGUUUCCAUACUUCAAUUUUUACAGAAGUUUAACAGAGCAUGAGAGAUGAGAUGGGAGAAUGUGAAGAGAAGCUAAAAGUGGUAAUUCAGAGACGGAGAACUUGCAARUUGGUGCAAAUUGUUGAUGUAGCUUUAAGUAUUAAAUUAUACGUUCUGGAUGUAAUAUUAAGUUUGUAUAUCCUAUUUAUAAUGUAAAUACACACAUAUAUAACAUUGGGAUACAUAGUCUGUAUUACCUAUGUGACUUUGUGCAUAUUGUAGAGGUUUGUAGAUUUAACCCACUGAGAAAUUUGAGAUCUGAAGGAAGGAAGUUGGAGAAGAUAUCAUAGUUUGACCUGGAAAUAUAUGUGUAUUUUCUGAUAUGUAUAAUAAAUAGUAAGAGAUUUUAAGCUUUUAGUAGUUCAUAGUAACAUUUUUAAUGCCUUACUACACACAGCAGUAUUUACCAUCUAUAGGACAGCCAGUGUGCUAUUUAUUAGCUUUGUACUCGUCAUCUGUAGAGGUGAGUCAGUGCUCUAAUUCUUUUGUGUUAAUAUUUGUAUAUAUUUCUGUGUGUUAGCCAGAAGAUUGUAAUCUCUGUGUUACAGCUCUGUGGUUUCAAAAUAAACACACAGCUCUCAGAACAUUCUGGGUUUCCAGUGUAGCCCUGAGAUAAAGCUGUGAWUUAGCCACCAAGAAAAUAAUCUUACAGACUUUUUUCACUCUUAAGAUGGAUAACAAGAUGCUGCUCUGUGUACUGCCCACCUCAGUUUUGGGUCUGUUCAUGCUCUAUUCUCAUCAAAAAACGAGCACUUGGCAAAAUUCAACUGGAACCGAGGGUUUUCACACCAUUUAAACCCCAUUUCUUUCUCCAUUGAUGCCCAUCGCUACCUGCUGUAUCUGUGAAGGAUGAGAAAGUCUGGGUGGCAUUUGAUGAUAAUCUUCUAUAUUUGGAAACAACAACAGAAAGAGUUAUGACAAAUGAUGGGAAUUAAGAAUAUAGUAAGAUCAAAAUGCAGUAAUAUUAUAUGAGCUAAUGUGCUUUAUAAAGCAUCCAUGUCAAAUGUUACUGUGAGACUCUCUGAAAUAAAACAAAUAUU